AUGGGAAUUAAGCCUAACAGAGAUUUAAUCGAGGCUCUAGUGGGUUUUUGGGACCCCGCGAACAAUGUCUUCAGGUUCAAAGAUUGUGAAAUGACGCCCACAUUGGAAGAGUUAGGUGGGUUCACCGGAUUGGGGAGAGACCUUCGUGGGAAAAAGCCUGCUGCUCCGAGAAAAGUUGGUGUGAACAACUUUUUAAAGAAAUUAUGCCUCCGCCGAAUUCCAAUGGUUUGCUUAAACGAAGGUUGGGUUCCGUUGGAAUAUCUCUAUGACAGGUUUGGGGACGAGAAAGAGUUUGAAAAUUUCUCGGGCAUAGAAUUCGUCAACCAGUUGAGUUACGACGCUUGGAGGGAGUUGAGAAUCUUCGCGUUCAUGAUAUCAUUUCUAGGGAUCAUUGUCUUUCCAGAGCGUGGUGGGCGCAUCCGAAUUCGAUUGGUUGCGGUAGUCUCGUAUUUGCAAAGUAGCGAGGAUCAUACCAUUCUUCCCAUGAUUUUGGGAGAUAUUUUUCGAGCUUUGACCUGCUGCCAAGAAGGUGAAGAUUACUUCGAGGGAUGCAACAUUCUACUGCAGAUGUGGUUCAUAGAGCACCUCUAUCAUCAUCCAAUAGUAAUAAAUUUCAAUGAAAACUGGCUGAAUUACAUUGGAUGUCACCCAGACAGGGCCGCAAGUUGUAAUCUUCCAGAGGGGGUGAGGGCCUGGCGGAAAUUACUUGGUUCAUUGAGUGCUGAUAGAAUCACUUGGAACUAUUAUUGGUUCCCUUCUGCUAGGGUCAUGCAUAUGUCGACAUAUCGCCCGUUCUUCAUACUCAUGGGUUUCAGAGGUUUCCAACCCUACGCGCCCCUACGCGUCAUGCGCCAGCUAGGGAGAGAGCAAAAGAGGCCCCCGAUUGAGGACAUGCAUCCGUUCGUGUGGGAAUUCAAGGGAGAGGAACCUCCAAGGGAGUCUUAUGCACAAAAGGUUUGA